GUGGGAUGACAGAUGCCGGGGCCACCGUUGGGCUCAGUUGGAUGCUUUCCUGACGUAGAGAGAAGCUGAGCACCAGCCCUACAGGCCCCUUCCCAUGCCACCCGCCCCCCUACUCCGCAGCCUCCAGAGUCUAGCCUUGGUGAACCUCUCGUCCUCUUCUCCCCACCCCAAGGAUGGCCUACAGCUGCCCAGAUAAGAAGGGGCUGGGCACCCAAGCCCAUGUUUGGGAGAAGCAGAAGAUUGCAUCCCAGAGGAAAGAAUGUCUGUCACUAUUGGAGAGGCCCCGAGAGUCUGGAGCCCUAUAUUCUAGCCCCACUUUGUCCCUGCAUUUGUGGCCUUAGGCAGCCCCUUCCCCCGUGUGUGCCUCGGUCUUCCCUGCUGUACCAAGACUGGCUGUUACAUUGGUAUCUGGGGCCCUUCCAUCUCCAUAUUCCCAGGGCUCACUGGUCUGGUCAGAGGAACCGCCAGGGGGCGCAGUGAGCUUGGGUUCUGGCUGCUAUUUUCCAGCCCCCUCUAGACUUCAGGCCUUGGACAGGCUGUUUUUGCAGCCCCACAAAGACCCCAUCCUCCCUUGCCUCCCGACAAUGGCUCACUGCUCCCCUGCUGUAGAUGACAGUCCCCUUCCCACAGUCGCAGCCUUUCUCUCUCCAUAGCCGUCCCCACUCAGCCUUAUGGGCACCUGGUAGGGUAAAGGAUGGGUCUGAGUCACCAGCCUCAGCAUGGUGUGGCCUUGGGAGCUGACAGUCUGCUGGCGAGGGGGCAGGGAGGAUGAAAAAGCCCUUUUUCAUGAAAGGUGGGGACCACGGCUCUGGUGCCCCACACCCCCAGCCCUCCCUUCAGCCUGGAUGUCUAGAGAGGGGUAGCCUGGGUGAGCUCUGGCCCCAGCUAGCAGGGUCUUAAUGCUGGGAUUCUGAGAAUCCUAGCCUGUGAUCCUGGGCAGCUUGAAGCUAGGGGUCCAGGAGUUUGGGGGUACUGGGGGAUACAGGUCCCGGGAAGGGGGCUGCUGUGGCCACGUCAGGGGCACAAACACGGGGUGGGGCAUCUAGCACCAGGCCCACGUCAGCAGCAAGUACCCACCACCUGGUGCCCAGCCCUGGCCAGGCCAGCUUGAUGUGUGUGGUCUGCUCAGGCUGGCAGGUCAUGGCAGGUGGCCAUGAGCAGCCACAGGAUGAUGGGUCACAGUCGGUGAUGCCAAGACAAGACAGCGUAGGUGAGGUCCACCCACCAGUGGUAGAGAGCGCAUGCUGCUUCCUCCUACAGUUUCCAGGCACCACCAGCUGCUGACACUGUGUGCCUGGGGACAGCCCAGCACUGGGACACUGUGAGCCAGCUCGUCGCAGUAGGGCACCAAGUUUUCAGCCAGCUCGUGGCUCAGCAUGUGACCUGUACUGGCCCAGGUGCCCCAUGGCGCAGGUCUUUCGCAACUGUCCCAAGGGGUCACAGGAGGUGCCAGCAGGCACAGGGGCACCUCUGGGCACACAUGCUUGGGCUCAGCACAUACUGGUCAUUGCCAGAGGCCAAAACAGGCUAUAGGGCUGAGGACCAACCACAAAGUCGCAAUUUCACAUCUUGCAGGGCCCAGAUCUCCAGGGACUGCUCUCAGGCUGCACCAUCUGUCCUCUGCAUUGGGUGCAGGGUUCAAGGCCACAGCUGCCAGAAGCAGCAGUUGGAACAAGGGGAGGUGUGGGUGCCCGGGGCCCGCUGGGGCUCAGGUUGUGGCGAGGCGCCCCUCCUGCCUGCCUCAUCGGUAGUCCCACUCUGGUUGCCACCAUCUUCCUCUCCUCUGCUGUCAUAUCACAGCUCAGCACUGCUGCUCCUGGGAGUUCUUUGCCCUAGAACUGCUCCAACCCAUCCAGAGCCCAAACUCUGACAAGGAGGGGCACAGCUGGCUUGGGGUUCCCAAGGGGAGGGAGGGCAGUGUGUCAGGGGCUUUCAGGGGCCAGGCCUGCCACAUUUGUGAGUCCAGGCUUCUGGGCGUCUCACAGUGCAUUUCUUCCAUACAAGAUGGUUGUGGACCCCCAAGUUCUCAAAUCCUACCACUCUUAAGUCUAGAUCCUACAGUUCUGCUCUUCAGAGAUCACAAGAUUCUACAAUUCUAACUCCUUAAUGCAGUUUUGAUAGCUCUGAAUUCGGGUUUGCAGAAUCUAGGGAUGAUCCCUAAUAUCUUCAAUUCAAUGAGUUUCUGCUUCUAAAAGUUCGGGGAUGUUCCACAUCUGGAAUGGGUGGCAUCAGGCUUUAGAGGAGCCUGAGCACUGGUGAACAUCCCAGGGCCUCGGGAAGCCAGUCCUGAAGAGUCUCUUCCCAGCUCCUUGGACCUUGGUUGCAAGUCCUGGCUUCGUCAGUAUCCUCUCAGACUGUUUUCUUUCCCCUUACACCGACUUCUUGACAUUCAUCCCAUCCUCCCAGCUUCUAGAAAGACCACACAACCCCUACCGCCUCUCCUCCCCAUUCACUGCAGACUCCCUUCUGCCCCCACUACACUUGUCUAGUACCAACAAACACCUUGUUGUUAAAUCCAAUGCAUCUUGUCCCACUGGCCUCUAACCCUCUGGAAGAUGUGGCCAUGUGGUCCUUCCAAGAGGAGGUCCAGACCAGAACCCCAUGACUGAAUCACCAGUCAUUCAUCAAGACCUGGUAACCUCUUUGCCUGGAGGAGAGGCUCUUAAUGGGUCUCUCAUUAAAUCACUCCCCCUCUAGCCAUUCUUUUAACCCCAGGCCAUAAUGAGCUAAUUACAAAAUAAAUGAGCAGGUCACGUCCCUGCCCUAGAAUCUCCUGUAGUUCCCCACUGCCCUAAGACUAAAAGUUAGACUCCAGACACGCACAUAGGCCCUCCAGUCUUCAGGCAGACUGAAGCCCUGGAAUCAGCUCAGGGAAGCUGAUGGGUCUUGAAAUUCUCAGGGCCAGGAGGAAUCCUAGUCUGCAGAAAAAGGGACUUUUAUCUGGUUUCGUAGCAUUGGACACUCUAUCAAGACUAGAAGUCCUGGGACUUCCUUGACAGUUCAGUGGUCAAGACUCCGCACUUCCAGUGCAGACGGCUCUAGUUCGAUCCCUGGUUGGGGAACUAAGAUCCCACAGGCUGUGUGGCAAAAAAAAAAAAAAGACUAGGAGUCCUAUCUGAACUUGGGUUGGAGCCCUUCUUGGAGCAGAGAGGAUGUGGAGUGGAGUGAGCAGGCAGGACCACAGGAGGUGAGAGGGCCAGGAAUGGACUGGGCCUUGGGCACAGAGGGGUUAACCACAAAGCGAGAAUCUCAGAGAGCGAGAUCAAUGGGUUACUCGCUGCAGAAAGGCAGAAGCAACGCAGAGAGGCGGAGGAGAGGAGAGCCAGGCAGAAGAGCAUGCCACCCUGGGAAAAUCAGGGGCUGAGGAGGAGGCGGCUACUUCUUCGGAGGGAGAGGAGAGGACUUAAAGGAGAAGAGGGAGCAGUGGCAGGCAGAGCUGUACCUGCAGGUAGGCACCAAGAGGCAGCCACUGAGCCAGGAGGCAGCUUCAGCCUGGUCAGUUCACCCAGGGAGAGCAGGAGCCCAGUGCCCAGGGCUGAGGUCUGUGUCGCCCAUCUGGACUUGCCGGUGGGGGAGGGGGGGUGGCUCCUGCAUGCUGGGAUGGGGCGGGGGUCUCAAAGAUACCACCUUUCUUUCCUCCUCCCUGCUUGGCCCCCUUGCCCUUCAUUCAUCCAGCCACCCCAGAGGUCCAAGCAUGCAGGGAGACCCACAGGUAGCAGACGAUGUGGGCCAUGGGGUGCGACAGGGGUCAGGUGAUCACAGCUUACAUAGAUGUAACGCACACACACACAUGCACACACACAGGUUGUCAGGGGCACCGCCUAUUACAGCUCUCAGAUGAGUGCUCCAGCCUGGGAGUCGGUACCAGGGCGGCAACAACCUCAGGUCUACCACUCAGAGUGUGACACUAGCUUCCCAAGUCCCCUCUCUGAGCCUCAGUUUCCUCAUGUGAAAAGGGGGCAGUGACCUAUAUGGUGCUCCCAGCUGUGCCAGGUGGUGCUGUCACUAAGCUGGGCUAUCCAGUGACUCAGGGGUGUCACCCAUGUUUGGUUGAAUUUGACUAAUAUCCAAAAGUCUUCCCUGUAUUUCAGAUCCCCAUUGACAAGUGAGGAAAAUACACCAGAUCCUGGGGUUGGAACUGCCCCUCCCCGCACCCACUUUGCACGUGUCUUUACCUGCAUCAUUGGUUGAAGGUGUCUAUCAACUACCUAAUCAGUCCUUCAGACCCUGGGAUGUUUCCAAGGAAACUGAGAAACCCACCUUAGACACCAAUGAGACUGCCAGGAGCUUGCACAGUGGGUCCCAGGGAUAACUUUUGUCUUUGUCGGUCCAACACCUCUAUCCCCCACAAGCUUCCACCCCAGGAGAAUUGGCCAGGCCUAUGGUGGGGGAACUGGACCCCUGAAUUGAGUGACCAGAGCUGAGGACUCCAGCUUUUCUUCCUCAGGUGCCCAUCUGUUGGGAAGAUGGCUGAUAUCCAGAAUGUUUCGCUAGACAGCCCGGGGAGUAUGGGGGCUGUGGCAGUGCCCGUGGUCUUUGCCCUCAUCUUCCUGCUGGGCACGGUGGGCAACGGGCUGGUGCUGGCAGUGCUGCUGCAGCCUGGCCCGAGUGCCUGGCAGGAGCCGGGCAGCACGACGGAUCUAUUCAUCCUCAACCUGGCGGCGGCUGACCUCUGCUUCAUCCUGUGCUGCGUGCCUUUCCAGGCCGCCAUCUACACGCUGGACGACUGGCUCUUCGGGGCCCUGGUUUGUAAGGCUGUGCACCUGCUCAUCUACCUCACCAUGUACGCCAGCAGCUUCACCCUGGCGGCUGUCUCAGUGGACAGGUACCUGGCCGUGCGGCACCCGCUGCGCUCGCGGGCCCUGCGCACGCCGCGCAACGCCCGCGCCGCCGUGGGCCUGGUCUGGCUGCUGGCGGCGCUCUUCUCGGCGCCCUACCUCAGCUACUACGGUACGGUGCGCUACGGCGCGCUUGAGCUCUGUGUGCCCGCCUGGGAGGACGCGCGCCGCCGCGCCCUCGACGUGGCCACCUUCGCCGCCGGCUACCUGCUGCCCGUGGCCGUGGUGAGCCUGGCCUACGGGCGCACGCUGCGCUUCCUGUGGGCCGCCGUGGGCCCCGCGGGCGCGGCGGCGGCCGAGGCCCGGCGCAGAGCCACGGGCCGCGCGGGGCGCGUCAUGCUGGCGGUGGCGGCGCUCUACGCCCUCUGCUGGGGCCCGCACCACGCGCUCAUCCUCUGCUUCUGGUACGGCCGCUUCGCCUUCAGCCCGGCCACCUACGCCUGCCGCCUGGCCUCGCACUGCCUCGCCUACGCCAACUCCUGCCUCAACCCGCUCGUUUACGCGCUCGCCUCCCGCCACUUCCGCGCGCGCCUCCGCCGCCUGUGGCCCUGCGGCCGCCGCCGCCCCCGCGCCCGCUGCCCCCCGGGUGGUGUCCGCCGCGCCCUCCGUCGCGUCCGCCCGGGGCCCGGGGACGCCGCUGGCUGCUCCGGGAACGCCCGGCCUCGCGGGAGGCUGCCGGCAGGCGGCGACUGGGGCGGGGAGCGGGGUCCGGAGCCUGCAGGUGGUGGAGAGGCGUGCAGGGCCCUACCUGUCAGAGUACCAGAAUAAAGCUUGUCUGCCUCCGC